GGAGGGGGGAGGGAGGAGGUCCAAUCCCAGCUUGUGCACCCAGCCAGCACUGAGCAGUGCCUGUGCCAAGAGCCGGCUUUAUUAAAGCCAUGGGCCCGGAGGCUGGCUUUGCAGGCGGAGGGGAGCCCUGGAGCAGGGGCGGGGAACCAAAGAGGGGAGCCCUCAGCCUCUGGGGUCACCAUGGACAUAAUUUACCUGCGCACACCCCUGGCCUUCCUUCUUCUCCCUCUUAUUGUACUUGGGGCACCCACUGAUGAACCCAACCUCACAGAACCAGCCCCUGGUGCUUGCAAGCGCUGUUGUGACCCACUGGACUCUUCCACAGAUGCCCCACCGCUCCCUCUCAGCCACCACCACUUGCCCUACCCAAUGCCAGAGGUCCGUCCCUAUAUCAACAUCACCAUACUGAAGGGAGAGAAAGGAGACCGGGGAGAGCCUGGUAUGCCAGGGAAAUGGGGCAAAGAAGGACCACGAGGUGAGAGAGGUGCCCAGGGCCAGAAAGGCAGUAAAGGACAGAUGGGCACAGCAGGAGACCCCUGCAAGCAUCAGUAUGCUGCAUUCUCCGUUGGUCGCAAGAAAGCGCUGCACAGCAGUGAGGGCUUCCAGGUCUUGAUCUUCGACACUGUCUUCGUCAACCUCUACAGCCACUUUGACAUGUUCAAUGGCAAAUUUUACUGCUACGUAGGUGGACUCUACUAUUUCAGCCUCAAUGUCCACACCUGGAACUUUAAGGAGACCUACAUGCACAUCAUGCACAAUGAAGAAGAGGCAGUCAUCUUGUAUGCCCAACCCAGUGACCGCAGCAUCAUGCAGAGCCAGACCCUCAUGCUGGAGCUUCAGGAAAAUGAUGAGAUCUGGGUGAGGCUCUACAAGCGGGAGCGGGAGAAUGCCAUUUACAGUGAUGAUGUUGAUGUGUACAUCACCUUCAGUGGGUACCUGGUCAAGCCCAGCCUUGACUAAUUGCCACUCCUCCUCCUUAGAGCCUCUUUGGCCUUUUCUUUCUUCCUUCCUCUCUUUCUCUCUUUACUGCCCGCAACCACUGCAGAUCACUUGGAAAUGGGCCUGUCAAGUCUCAGGCACUGAGUGUGAAACUUGCCGCACUGGCUUCCACCUCACACUCUCUUGUAGCCAGGCCUGUAUCUGUCCACUUACAGCAUGAUACUACCAUCUUUUUUCCCCUCACCUCGUGAGCCCAAUUUAGGCUAUUGGCUUAUUCUAAAUCUGCCAGUAAACUGUGUCUGGCAUUUUGGGUCCUAGAGCAGGAGGAAAGUCAAAAUGCUGCUCCUGGGGAUGUGUCCAUCCUUGGGGCUGCAUACACAAAGGACUCUUGUAGAAAGGGCUAGAAAGUCCCCACCACCCAGGUGCAUCCUGGUUCCUCUCUGUCCCAACUAGACAUGUUGGGUUUGCAGCCUGCAACAUGGCCUUAAUGUCACCUUUCACACCUAUAGUCUGGAGAGUGGCCUGGGGUCCAAUGUCCUCCUGUAAUGCAAGGAAAAUAUAGGAGCAGUGAGAGAUGGUUACUGUCUUUCCAGAAAGGGGACUGUUGGCCUUUUGAUGUAUGUCAUUGGCUUUCUUAGAAACUCUUCUGGGUCACAGAGUCCAGGCUGACUGUAAAAUCUAGGACUAGUGGGAUUAUUCUCUGUUUUAGCUCUAGAUCUUUGAGGAGAUGAAAAGCCAGACACUCAGCCAGACCCUUCAGAGGCAUCUGCCAUUGAAUCAGUAAAGUCCACCACUCUAUUCCCAUUAGGGAUCAUAGGUACAGAAUGAGAGAGAGAGAGACAACCCUGUAAGUGGUAACAACCCUACCAAACCUCCCUCCCAAACCUCCUCUGGGAUGCUACUCAGUAUUGGUUCUCCAGCUGUGAGAAGCUAGUCCAGACAGUGAACCCGAAUCUGCUCUUUCCUUCGGCAGAGGUGCACCCGUGCCCUUCCAUUGGUAUCAGCAGUCAUCCCUAACACAGGGGAGAGUCAAGCCCUGGCUCCUGCAUGCCAUUACAUUGUCCUUCUGAAGGUGGUUCUCCCACACUGGUAUUGAGGGACCUGAGCUGGAGUCUGUAAGGGCAAUUGCACUUAAAUCAGUUCCAGACCUGGUCAGGUUGGCACCUCUUUGCCUCUGUGAUGGAAAAGAGAUAGAGGUGAGACUACAGCACCUCACCCCAGGGUUAAAAGCUUCCCUGCCACAUGCUCUGUGCCCUUUUCUGGCAAUCUCAUAAGAGCAUAUGGCUAAAUCAAACUCCCACUCUUCUUGUCAGGUUGGAGAUAUUACAAUAGGAAAGGAGUUGCCAGCAGUAGUUUUCUAGUACCGUUUGUACUGGUCUCACACUGCUCUCACUCACAUCCCUCUGGGGUUGCUAUGGUCCUGGGAGACCUGGUGACACUGACUCAGCACUUUGGGAAAACUACUUCUGCAUGUUGUGAUGGUCCUGUAAACAGCAGUGCCAAGAAUUGUCUGGUUUUAGUUUCAGGACAGGAAAAGCGGGAGAAACUGUAUUUCUCCUCUGCCCAUUACUGAUAAUGAAGUCUGACUUACCUAGCUUCUGUGGUCUCAUGAUUAGCCAUGAUCUGUAUCACCUGGGACCACCAGAGCUCUCCCAUAGGAGAUAUGUAUUAUUAUACAGGACUAGGUUGUCUGGUACACUCAGACCAGGAUGGCAAAGGCACAGGGAGGACUCAGGCUAAAUAUUAAAAAAUGAACUUGAGAGAAUUGCAGGGUAUUUUCUCUCUUGCCCUGUUUACUUACCCUCCCUGCUUUGCUAAGGAAGCAGUACAGACUGGAAUGAGUUUCAAACGCUUUUUGCCCUGCAUCCUCCCCACCACUGUCAUUGAGGCAAUGGGUAUUAAAAAAAAGUUUCACUGGGGCAAAUCUGGGUUUUUCCAAGGAAAAUGUCGUGAUGGUAACAGGGGAACUAAAGGACACUGUGAGUUUCUUCUACUCCCUUAGCAGGUCAAGCAUGUGGCAUUGCUCAGAGACAGGAUUUCAGGCAGUAGAGAGGAAGCAGCAUUCUGGAGGUGAUGCUCAGGAGUGAAUCCCUUUCUCUCUCCCUCAGCAGGCUGCAAACCCAGAUAUUGUCUAUUUACAGUAUAUAGUGCCCCGUCAUCUGUCUGAAGAGAAGCAAGCCUCUCUAACACUGAAUAUCUCCAGAAACAAAUUUUCUUCUUCCUCCUUUUCUAUUUGGUGUUUGAAUGCCAGUAAUAGGUCUCAUGUUGUACCCAUGAGCAGCCAGAUGGUGCCUGAUGCACAUGAGAGAGGAGGGCAGGGGGACCAAAGGAUGUGUUUAACAGGCUUCUUGGUGCUAAACAUGAUGGCAAUCCCUUGGUGCUAAUUCAGAUUUCAGGGGUAUUGGGUGCUUUCUGGAAGGUGUAGUAGGCUGAGUUGUAAUGUACUGUGGAAUUAAUGGUGCUUUGUGUUACAAAACCAAACUCAAGAACUUUUGUAUAUAUUUUUUUCUCAGUGAUA